GGGAAAGCUGGAAAGAAGUGUCAGAUUUAAAAUUCGUCUAUUUGAUGAUUUUGGGGGGCUGGUUUUUAUUUUUUUAGAAAUACGUUAUGUAAAGCACUUUCUGUUUGUUGCACACCGUGGUUUUUUCCUUACAGGUUUGAAACUAUGCAGGAGAAAGGUGUAUUUAAAGAGGGAUGUAACAGCUCGAUGGGCCUUUUUGCUAUCGGGUCCCGUUAGCUAACGCUAAGCUGUCCGCUCAGCCGCGGCUAAAACACGGCACAAAACUGCGCUCGAUCAUUUAUUAUUUAUUUCGUUUAAACAACCGGAGAAAAUCGUGAAUGAAAUUAGGUUUAUUUUACGGGGUGUUAUGUGCUUGCUAAGGAGCCGUUUGUUUACUCUGCAUGUGUUUGAAUGGUGAAAUACGGCUACAUUUCGUGCGGUAAAGGCUUCCCUCGGGAGUUCAAGCCCUGUUGGCUCUCUGUCCUCGGAGGAUCAUGACUUUGACCCGACAGCAGAGAUGCUGGUUCACGAGUACGACGAUGAGCGGACUUUAGAAGAAGAAGAGGCGCAGGAAGAAGACAAGAACUUCAGCGCUGAACUGGCGGAUCUGGAGAAGGAAGGGAAUAUGCCUCUGGAGGAACUGUUGGCCAUCUAUCGUUAUGACCCCUCAGUCAACACAGCUGCAGGGUCGAGCCUGGACAGCUCCUCUGGUGAACUGGCUGAUGACUUUCCAGACAUGACCCUGGACAAGGAAGAGAUAGCCAAAGACUUGCUGUCAGGAGACUAUGAAGAAGAGACGCAGUCUUCAGCUGAUGAUCUGACCCCUUCUGUUACCUCCCAUGAAGCCACUGAUUUUUUCCCAAGAACACUAAGAUCCAACGCUACUUAUGACGGUGAUAAGGAGUCUGAGGGAGAGGAGGAGGGUCUUAGUCCAGAGGAUUCAAGGAAGGAAAUAAUGGUUGGGUCACAGUACCAAGCAGAAGUUCCUGUAGGCCUGAGCUUCUACUGUGAUGAUAAGAUGUAUGUGGAGGAAGAUCAGUUGCUCUGGUGUCCUGACAUGUUGCCAGAGAGAAAGGUGGAAGACUACCUCAGAAAAGCACUGUCUCAGACUACAGACAGUAGCACAGAGAGCUCUACAUGUGGAGGACACAUACUAGACAAUGAACAGGCUUUGUAUGAGCUUGUAAAAUGUAACUACAAUACGACCGAGGCCCUAAUGCGGUACUGCAGUAAUCCUAAAUCCUCAAAAGAAGAAUCGCCACCGUGGUCUGAAGAAGAGUGUCGAAAUUUUGAGCAUGCGCUCCAGAUUUAUGAAAAGAACUUCCAUCUAAUUCAGAAAAACAAGGUUCCAACGAGGACCGUGGCAGAGUGUGUAGCCUUUUACUACAUGUGGAAAAAGUCUGAACGUUUUGAUUAUUUUGUUCAGCAGAACCGGUUCGGGAAAAAGAAAUAUAACAUUUAUCCUGGCGUGACAGAUCUGAUGGACCGUUUAGUGGACGAGGCAGAGGGUCUGGCAGUGGAUGGCUCUUCGUCCGUGUGCUCGGGUGGAGCAGGGGGGAGGAUGGAGGUGUCUGCAGGCCAGCAGCUUGGCCUUCUCAACACAAUCACUGCCAGUGACCUCACAGCUCUGAGCAACAGCGUGGCGUCCGUGUGUAGUCAGGCUGAUGUGAGCUGCUUGGACUCGUCUUACUUUCCCCCUCUGGAGACUUUCCACCGUGGAGCUCUGACUCAUGAUGAAGCUACUCUGGGCUACGGGGCAAGUGGUGAUGCCGGCUGCCUCGGUGUCCUCGACUCGGCUCUGUAUCGCUCGGAGCUCAGCCAGCUCAGCAUGUGCAGUAGCAAGGAGUGUGAGCGUCCUUCCAAACGCCUUCGGAUGGGCCUCGCUGACUCGUUUAUCAACGACACACACCGCAUCACCGGAGCCAAGAUGGCUGUUUCACUCACAGACUUCAGCAGCAUAGCGAGCGGAGACGCAAAUGCUUUUAUCAGCUCACAUUCGCGCCAUCACCAACACACUGCUCUGCAGUCUGACUGACCACGAGGCAGACGCACACGCGCGCGCACACACACACACACACACACACACCCUCCCAACCUGUACAGUUCCACCCACUGACUGAACCUUAGUUUCUUUUUUUAAUUAUGUAUAAAUCUACUUUUUUCUAAUAUGACAUCAGUGAUGUCUUUAUUGUACAGAGCUACAACAUCUUGAUUUAUCAAGAGUUUAAAUAGCCAUUUAUUUUUCUGGUUCUUUAGAUAAUAUCGCUAUAUCAGCAUCGAUUUACAGUUAAAACAUAAAUGCUGGAGGUAGAGAGCUGUGAUAGUUGUGCUGUGAUAGCUCUCUCAUCACAUAAUCGUCCCUGCAACCGAAGCCUUCAGUUUCACUUUCCUGUGAAAAAUAAUUGUUGCCAGAAACUGCAUUGACUUCUUUUUGUUUUGUACCUUUUAUUAUUUGUAAGUUGAUUUUUUUUUUAACAAAAUUGGUACUGUUCUUGAUGUUUACACAAGCCGAGAGACACCGGGGUUCGGCACAUGUAGCGUUUUGUAUAUCAGGAAACUUUCUUUCUUUGGAAAAUUGGGGAUUUGCAGACAAACCACAUAUCUAUUACAAUGAAAAGCACUUCUUUAUGAGCUACAAUAUUUUGAUUUCCAUGUUUCCUUUGGUCUUUUUUUUUUUUUGGAGGGGUGGGUUUGGUUUCGUUCUUGCUCUGUGAAUGCAUGCUCUGUGCCCUGCCUGCGUUUUUAGGAACCGUGAGGUUGCCACUGGUGUUUUUUACAACGAGAAUUGUGUAUUUGUCCGAUUUGUUGGUAGCUGUGAUUGUUCUAGUUUGGCUGGUUUUAAGUGUAUUUAAGCUUUAAAAAUUCACACUUCAAUGUGCAACUCGACAUAUCAUAAGGGUUUUAUGUGAACCUCUUGCUGAGGGUUUGGAAGAAUGAGUAUUGAAGGUGCCAGUAAUAUUCCCUCCUCUUAUACUUUCAUGAAAAAGGCAGCUGAAACAUUAGGUACAAGUAUAAGUAGGAUGACUGUUUAAUGAGUGCGUAGAUCCACCGCUGCUGUUUUACUCAGUCUGACUCGGCCCCUUUGGGAUUAGUAGAAUUAGGUACAGUGUCAGUUUAAAAUAUUAAAAUAGGUCCUACCCAAAUUUGGUGACAGUGUUUUACAUUUUCUGUCAUGAACAUAUUACAUAAGGAAGACGCUAAGCUGUCACACUCAUUGGAGGGUUAAACUUGUGCUUAACUAAACUGUACUGGUUAAAGAUGCUUCUAGUAUAGACACAUACAGUCUGCCAUUACGGGUCACUUGUAAACACAAUGUGCUUCUUGUAAACCUAAUAUUCGAUAGUCAUUAUGGUUAUUUCGGCUAUUCAGCGUCAGAUGAACGGAAGCUAUUCAGAUGCUUUGCCCUGUGUGUCAGGUUUGUUGUGCUAUGAAACGAUCCCAUAUAAGAUUCUGACAUUUUUGUAUGCUGUAUGAUGCGAGCAGAUGGGGCUCAUGUCUUGAAACACAUGCUUUGUAUUCUAAACAUCCAGAACACACAAAACUCUUGAACUUUCAACUCAUUUUAGAGAACGAUAGAUUCAGAGAGAUAUAUAUUUAAAAAAAAAAGGUUCUUGUUUAUUAUGGCAAUAAUGUGUAGAUAUGUACAGAUUAAUUGUUGUAUUUCUUCAAAUAGUCCUUAAGUACAUUGUGCUCUUUCUUUUUUUCUUUCUUUCUUUGUUUGUUUCUAUCUAUGUGCCAGCUGUGGCUGUUUUGCCAAUUACCACUAAAAUGUUUUUACAAGUGGAGCUGUAUAGGGAUCUGCACGGCACGUUCUCUUCAGCGAUUUCCUUCAGGACGCCCCACUACAAGUGCAAGACGAUUCCUCUCGGCUCAUAAAGGGUGUGGACAUGCAUUUCAUCUCUUCUCAUCAAAUAAGCUGCUAUAGGUCAAUGUGAAAAACUGCACCUGAUGAGUAGAGAAUCACAGAGCUGGGAGUUAAAAUGCACUGCUGCUGCCGUGUGGCUGUACGUCCAAGAGUGAUGCUGGAGUAGAAAGUCAUGCAGAUGGUUUUUUCCUCAAUACAAGUUCUACUACAUUUAAAGCAAGGACAUUCCUGUUGAAGAGAUUUUCUUGUCUGUCUUAGAGAUGCUUUGUGAAAAACUUUCCUGCUGCCUCAAAUGCAAGCUUUCUCAGCACAUCAACUCCAGAUUUUCUGCUGGAGUGAAUGUAUCUUUUUUUUUUUUUUUUUA